AUGACAAAACGAGUAUUAAACAUGUACUUGAAGAAGGCAGGCAGAAAGCCACUCAGCACAACAGCUACAGGAUCAACACAGAAAUCUACCUUAUCACGCUCUGAAGUUACCCGAAAGACAAGCUCGGCUCCGUUAGUAGAUCGGAAACCUCUCGAGAAACGCCGCGACUCGCCGGAACAAGCCGUAAAAGUAGUGAACGAUGAAGAUUCGCCAGAGGCUGAGCUCAUUUCUUCUAUGGAAGGGCCCGAGACUAAACUGUGA